CGACUCUUCACUGUAUUCAUCUGCAGCUUACUACACGUUGGACCAACUGAAACUGCGACACACCGUUUCAGGCCAAAGGAUGUAGAGGGCUAGUCGGCAUCUUCACACCUCACUUCACGAACAGCAAACAUGGCAGCUGCCGUAGAGGUUGGAGACGAGGGCCUAGCAGAAAGUGCAACGAAGCAGGUCUUCUCGUCGUACGUUUGCCGUACCAUCACGGAUCGCGGCCUGCCCCACCCAGGCGAUGUUGCGGAGGCAUCCUCCCUCGCCGCUGUCCCGCUGCCCCCCACCUCCUACCCGCUGUGGGACAGCCUGCCUUCCGAGCUGGUCCGCAGCGGCAAGCUGUCGCGGCUGCAGCUGGAGGGGGUGCUGUACGCGUGCAGCAAGCACUGCGAGAUACUGCCCAGCGGGGAACGUGCGGGUUUCUUCAUCGGCGACGGAGCGGGUGUGGGCAAGGGACGGCAGAUAGCGGGGGUGGUACUGGACAACUUUGCCCGCGGGCGCAGACGCGCCCUGUGGCUGUCCACCUCCUCCGACCUGCACGCCGACGCGCAGCGGGACCUGCGCGACCUGGGAGCCAGCCUGCCGCUGCUGGCCAACCUGGGGGCACUGGACAGGGG